UUCUUCUUCUUCCUCUGAAUCUACUGCGUUCCAACUCCUAGAACCUUAAAACCCUGUCCAUGGCCAGAGUCUACCCCCAACAACCUCAGAUUUUCUGCAAGAAAAAACGCCCCCCCUUUCUCCCUGUAGUCCCCGAAGAAAUCAUCUUUGAAAGUAUCCUAACUCGAUUACCGGUUAAAUCUCUCUUUCGAUUCCGCUGCGUCUGUAAAUCCUGGUGCUCCUCCAUCUCUGAUCCUCGUUUCGUCCAAAAUCACCUCACCCUCGUCAAGUCCCAUGACGGUUUGGAGCAUUGGAGGGUUAUUUUUCAGUACCCAUGGCGUGUUCUCAAGUCAUGCUCCUUAUCCAAUAUUUUUCACGAACUGAAAGGCUGCUCUGUUGAUCUUGAUUAUCCAAUGAGAAAAGCUCGUCUCAAUGUCGAAAUUGUCGGGUCGUGCAAUGGGUUGGUUUGUCUCUGUUUCAGGCAUCAGGAGAAUCUGUUGAUCAUGUGGAAUCCUUCCAUUAAAGAAUGGAAGGUAAUUGCUUCGUGUGCGACGGGUUCUCCACCGAAAUCUGCUUACGGGUUUGGUUACAGCCAGAGCUUUGAUGAUUAUAAGCUGGUUCAAUUGGCAAUUGGGAAAACCGGGAAGCCUCGAACCAACGUGUACUCUUUGAGAGCUGAUUCUUGGAAGAGCAUUGAGGAAUUCCCUUCAGAAAUAGCCUCGGAACCAUCUUCAGGUAAGGUUGUGGGUGGAGCAUUGAAUUGGGGUGUCGAUGUUAGGCCAAACAAUUCUUGGAUGAUUGUCUCUUAUGAUUUAGCAGAGGAGAGAUUCGAGACACUCUCGCAGCCCGAUUGCAUUUCCCAGGAGACUAAGCAGACGUUGAAGGUAAUGGGCGGUUGCCUUUGCAUACUAUGUGUUCGAUUUAGGGUCUGUGUGGAUAUUUGGAUGAUGAAAGAAUAUGGGGUCAAGGAAUCCUGGACUAAGUUGGUUAGUGUGAAAUAUCCAUGGAAUUUAACGCCCUCCCAAUUAUCUAAAUCUCUCUGUUUCAUGAAAUGCAAUGGAAUUCUGAUGUUCCUUGGUAAUUAUCUGGCCAUCUUCGACAUGGAUGGAAAAACUUACAAGUAUCCUGUAAUUUAUGGUGUUAUGGAUUGUGAGGAAGCUGAUAUCUAUAUAGAGAGCCUAGUGUCCCCUAAUGCGCAUAAUGCAACAGGUUCUGAGACCUUAACAGUUAACGAACAGGAAAUAGAGGUAUCAUCCCGUAUGGCUUCUGAAUAAGAACGAGAGGAAAGAUUUAUAUGCAAGCUCUUCUUUACAGCUCCUCCAAAACAGACAGAUAUCCAUUGCUUCUAAUCAACAAUGAUAAGGAACAAGCCAACAGAAUGGCCACGACUGUCCAUUGUUCCAUGGUUUUCCCUGGAAAGGUUGUAACAAAGGUGAUUCUUUUUC